AUGAUGAGUCAAGAGAAUUUCUCGAGCAGCGGCAGCUCAAGCUCGUCGAGCAAGGCUAAGAUGUGGCCGUGCGAGGCGGAGGACGCCGGCGUCGACGAGCUCUUCGCCGUCCUUGGGUACAAGGUGAGGCCGUCGGACAUGGCCGUGGUGGCCCAGAAGAUCGAGCAGCUGGAGGAGGCCAUGGGCAGUGCCCCACGCGACGGCCUCUCCCACCUCGCCUCCGACACCGUUCACUACAACCCCUCGGAUCUCUCCUCCUGGCUAGAGUCCAUGAUCUCCGGCCUUAACCCGCUGCCCGACUUCGACUCCUGCUCAGAUCCCUUUCUGGACUCCUCCUCCCUCGACAACUGCUCCGCCAGCGUCACCAGCACCCGCAACUCCCGAUUGAUGCCCGACUCUGGUUUCGGGUCGGAUCUCAUCGCCAUACCCGGGAAAUCCGUCUACCCCAGUCCAUCCCACCUCCCUCCGCCGCAGUCCAAAAGGCUGAAGACCUCUCCCUACCUGCUAGGAGGCGAUUCCGGCGCCAGCACGCGCGGGGACUCGGUCUUCGUCCGUCCUGUUGAGUCGACCCGGCCGGUCGUCCUGGUUGACUCGCAGGAGAACGGCGUCCGACUCGUCCACACUAUGAUGGCAUGCGCGGAGGCCGUGCAGCAAGAGAAUUUCAAAUUAGCCGAGGCCCUCGUCAAAAACAUAGGCUUUCUGGCCCUCUCACAAGCCGGCGCCAUGAGAAAGGUGGCCACGUAUUUCGCGGAGGCCUUAGCCAGAAGAAUCUACCGACUGCACACAAACCCCCAAGACGCAGCCCUUGCCGAUUUGUUAGAAAUGCACUUUUACGAGACCUGCCCCUACCUCAAAUUCGCCCAUUUUACCGCGAAUCAAGCCAUCCUUGAAGCCUUCGCCGGCAAGAACCGGGUCCACGUCAUCGACUUCAGCAUGAAACAGGGUAUGCAGUGGCCGGCUCUCCUGCAGGCCCUGGCCCUGAGGCCAGGUGGGCCGCCCAGCUUCAGGCUGACCGCCGUGGGUCCUCCCUCUCACGACAACACUGACCAUCUCAGGGAAGUUGGGCUGAGGCUGGCCAAGCUGGCCGAGUCGAUCGAGGUCGAGUUCGAGUACCGCGGGCUUGUUGUGAACUCGCUGGCCGAUCUCGACCUAGCCGUUUUAGGGCCGAGGGAGGACGAGACCGUGGCCGUCAACUCCAUCUUCGAGCUGCACCGGCUGCUAGGGGUGCCCGGUGCCAUCGAGAAGGUUCUGGGAUUCGUCAAGGAAUUGAGGCCCAAGAUUCUGACCGUGGCCGAGCAAGAGGCCAGCCACAAUGGGAGCAGGUUCCUUGACCGAUUUACUGAGUCCUUGCACUACUACUCGACCCUCUUCGAUUCCCUGGAAGAGUGUGGGCCCCACGGGGACGGGUUGGGUGGCAGCGAGCAGGACAGGGUGAUGACGGAGGUCUACUUGGGCUGGCAGAUUUGCAAUGUGGUGGCGUGCGAGGAAGCGGAUAGGGUUGAGAGGCAUGAGGAGCUUGCGCAGUGGAGGGACAGGCUUGGGUUGGCUGGGUUCGAGCCAGUCCACUUGGGCUCGAAUGCGUACAAGCAGGCGAGUAUGCUGCUGGCACUGUUUGCGGGCGGGGAUGGGUACAGAGUGGAAGAGGAUGAUGGGUGCUUGAUGUUGGGUUGGCACACGAGGCCACUUAUUGCGACCUCGGCUUGGAGAGUGAGGUGA